AAGCAAGGUUCUGUUUACAAGCAAAGCUGGUCUGCGUCCCUCUGAUCAGAUAUUUACACAGCAAAGGUCUAAAGUUAUUGUUUUCUCUUUUUUUUAUGCGAUCAGCAAAAGUGUCAGCGAGAUUGCUAGAAAUUUGCUCGUUAGGACAUUCCGCCGAGGAUUGCACAAAACAGAGGAGGGGGAGAGGUUUAACCCAGAUUAGUCUCUUUAUGCUUUUUCACGUGAAAGAGCCUUUAUAAGAAGGCUUCGUAUUGAAGAAACGCCUGGUUUGAUUGUUGCUGCUGGAAAGAAAAGGACUGCUUUUCAGGUUGAUUUAGGUUUGCAGAUCCAAACAUGGCAGCGUAUACAUUACCGGAGGGAUUCUCGGACUUUGACAUGUUUGCGUUCGGCUCUGCACUUCUUGUUGGGGGGAUGCUGGGAUUCUUCCUCAACGCCAUCAGCAUCCUGGCCUUCCUCAGAGUGAAGGAGAUGCGAUCUCCCAGUAACUUCCUUGUGUUCAACCUAGCCUUGGCUGACAUCAGCCUGAAUAUGAAUGGACUCACAGCUGCUUAUUCCAGCUAUCUCAGGUACUGGCCAUUUGGUCAAGAUGGUUGUAAUUAUCAUGCCUUCCAGGGGAUGGUAUCGGUUUUGGCUUCGAUCAGUUUUAUGGCUGCAAUUGCUUGGGACAGAUAUCACCAGUACUGCACCAGGCAAAAACUCUUCUGGAGCACAACGGUGACAAUGAGCUGCAUCAUCUGGAUUCUCUCCAUAUUUUGGGCUGCUGUUCCACUCAUGGGCUGGGGGGUCUAUGACUUUGAGCCAAUGAGGACAUGCUGCACCCUUGACUAUACCAGAGGAGACAGGGAUUAUAUUACCUACAUGCUAACCUUGGUGGUACUCUACCUGACUUUCCCAGCUGUCACCAUGUUGUCAUGCUAUGAUUCCAUCUACAAACACUUCAAGAAGAUUCAUCAUCACAGGUUUAACACCAGUUUGCCUUUGAGGGUGAUGCUGAUGUGUUGGGGCCCCUAUGUCCUCAUGUGCAUCUACGCCUGCUUUGAGAAUGUUAAGCUCGUCUCUCCAAAACUUCGAAUGGUGCUUCCAGUUGUUGCAAAGACAAAUCCUAUCUUCAACUCCCUUCUCUACUCGUUUGGAAAUGAGUUCUACCGAGGCGGCGUUUGGAACUUCCUCACUGGACAGAAGAUUGUUGAGCCAGAUGUGAAGAAGUCCAAAUAAAAAAAAUUAAAAAUGCACCUCCCAGCAAAAAAUGUUAAACUGUAACUUGCUGUUAUUGUAGGGCUCCUCAUACUAACACUAACUAAUUACAUUGUUUCAAAGCAAUUUAGAUGUUCGCUCACUUGUUCUUCUUUCCCUUAUUUAGAUGACAGUAAAUCAUCAGCAUAGUCUUUCUGUAUGAGCCUAUCCUCGUAUUGGAUUAGUGUAAUUUAAGAUGUGCUCCUCAACAUGCAUGUUCUUUCAUCUACAUUCAAUUAGUAAAGAAAUGCUGCUGC